GCGGCCCAUAUAUUUCCCGGUAAAACAAAAAAAAACACAGAAGCCGAAGCACCUCAACUGAUCAGCCACAUGAAAUGGCCAAAAUACUCCUACCCCUCUUCUUCUCUAUCCUCAUCUCCAUACCCCUCAACGUAAUUUCACAAUCCACGGACUCCGACCGGUCGAUCCUACUCAAACUGAAGCAGGAAUGGGGCGAUCCGCCGUCCAUCCAGUCCUGGAACUCCUCAUCAUCACCGUGCGAUUGGCCGGAGAUUAGCUGCACAGCCGGCGCGGUCACCGGACUCUUACUCGGAGAAAAAAAUAUCACGGAGGAAAUUCCGGCGACUAUUUGCGACCUUCGGAACCUCACCGUGCUCAACCUCUCCUGGAAUUACAUUCCCGGCGAGUUUCCGGUGGUUCUCUACAACUGCUUCAAGCUCCAGUACCUCGACCUGUCUCAAAACUACCUCGUCGGAGAAAUUCCCGGCGAUAUUGACCGGAUAUCAUCUCUGCAGUACUUGGACGUCAGCGGGAACAACUUCUCCGGCGACAUUCCAGCGGCGAUCGGAAACUUAACGCAGCUGAAGGUUUUGAAUCUUAAUUUAAAUCUUUUCAACGGAACUUUUCCGAGCGAUAUCGGCAAGUUGUCGAAUCUCGAGAUCUUAGACAUGUCGUUUAACGGUGAGAUGAUGGCUGCGCAAAUCCCAGAGGAGUUUGGAAAGCUGGGGAAGCUGAAGGAGUUCCGGAUGAGGCUGUCGAAUUUGAUCGGUCAAAUCCCGGAGACUUUUUCUAAUCUUGUGAGCCUCCAGGAGCUUGAUCUUGCGAUUAACAAAUUGGAAGGGAAGAUUCCUGAUGGCUUGUUUUUGUUGAAGGAUUUGAGAAUCUUGUUUCUGUUUCACAAUAGAUUGACCGGAGAGAUUCCGGUCACAGUUGGAGCCAUGAGUUUGGAGCAAAUUGACCUCGCUAUGAACAACUUGACCGGCUCAAUCCCACCGGAUUUCGGCAAGCUGAGCAAUCUGACUGUGUUGAAUCUGUACACGAAUAAGUUGAACGGUGGAAUUCCAGCGAGUUUAGGCCUGAUUACGACGCUGAAGGGCUUUCGGGUUUUCAAGAACCAGCUGAAUGGGACUCUGCCGCCGGAGAUGGGCCUUCACUCGAAGCUUGAAGGGUUUGAGGUUUCGGAGAAUCAGCUGAGUGGUGCACUGCCGGAGCAUCUGUGCAGCAAAGGCUUGUUGCAAGGAGCUAUUGCAUUCUCUAACAAACUUAGCGGAGAGUUGCCUAAAGGGCUUGGGAAUUGUACUGCUUUGCGUUCGGUGCAACUCUACAACAACAGUUUUUCCGGUGAGCUACCCAAGGGGCUUUGGACUUCACUGAAUCUUUCGACGCUGAUGAUUAGCAACAAUUCUUUUUCGGGGGAGCUUCCGAGGACAAGGCUGGCUUGGAAUCUGUCUAGGCUGGAAAUCAGCAACAACAGAUUUUCUGGUGAAAUCCCGGUUCAAGUUUCAUCUUGGCAGACUUUGGUUGUUUUCAAGGCAAGUGGGAAUCUGUUUACAGGGAAAAUCCCAGUAGAAUUGACAAGUCUUUCUAAGCUGAACACUUUGUCACUCGAUGGGAAUAGAUUUUCAGGUGAAUUACCAUCAGAGAUCAUUGCGUGGACAUCGUUGACUACUCUGGAUCUCUCAAGAAAUGAGCUUUCAGGUUACAUUCCAACAGCUAUUGGUUCUUUGCCAGACCUCCUUUACUUGGAUUUGUCAGGAAACAAAUUUUCAGGUCAAAUCCCAUCUGAAUUAGGUCACUUGAGGCUCAACUCCCUCAACUUGUCUUCAAAUGAGCUUUCCGGGAAGAUCCCUGAUGUGUUUGAUAACCUUGUUUAUGAAAACAGUUUCCUGAACAAUUCAAAUCUAUGUGCCAAUAGUCCGAUUCUAAACCUUCCCAAUUGCUACACCAAACUCCAUAGUUCCCACAAGUUAUCCUCCAAAGUCCUUGCCAUGAUCUUAGUUCUUUCCAUUGUUGUGUUUAUAGUUGCUGUUCUAUUGACAUUUUUUGUUGUAAGAGACCACCGGAGGAAGAAGCGCGGCCAUGACUUGGCGACAUGGAAGCUCACCUCAUUCCAGAGGUUGGAUUUCACCGAGUUCAAUGUCUUGGCAAACUUGACUGAUACUAAUCUCAUUGGGAGUGGAGGCUCAGGGAAGGUUUAUCGAGUUAGUACUAACUGCCCAAGUGAAUUUGUCGCGGUGAAGAGGAUUUGGAACAGCAAGGAACUGGAUCAGAGGCUCGAGAAAGAAUUCAAUGCUGAGGUUGAGAUACUGGGCAGCAUUCGUCAUUCGAAUAUUGUCAAGUUGCUGUGCUGCAUUUCUAGUGAGAAUUCAAAGCUUUUAGUGUAUGAAUACAUGGAGAAUCAUAGCCUAGAUAAGUGGCUUCAUGGAAAGAAGACAAAGACAAAGCAAAUGGCAGGGAUGACUUUGGCUCGUCAUGUUGUUUUGGACUGGCCAAAGAGAUUGGAGAUUGCAAUAGGAUCUGCACAAGGCUUGUACUACAUGCACCAUGAGUGCUCUCCCCCGGUAAUUCAUAGAGAUGUCAAGUCCAGCAAUAUUUUGUUGGACUCAAAGUUCAAAGCUCGCAUUGCAGAUUUCGGGCUGGCUAAGAUCUUGGCCAAGCAUGGAGAAGGAGAACCCCACACUAUGUCUGUUAUUGCAGGCUCUUUUGGUUAUAUUGCCCCAGAAUAUGCUUAUACGAUGAAAAUCAAUGAAAAGACAGAUGUUUUCAGCUUUGGAGUAGUACUUCUAGAGCUAACAACAGGCAGAGAACCUAACAAUGGAGGUGAAUACACCAACCUAGCAGAAUGGGCAUGGCAGCAAUAUGGUGAAGGAAAGAACAUUGAUGAGGCCCUGGAUGAGGAUGUAAAGAAAACAUGCUACUCGGAAGAGAUGGCUACUGUGUUUAAACUGGGACUCAUCUGCACUAGCACACUACCUUCAACUCGGCCUUCCAUGAAGGAAGUUCUCCACAUUCUUCGCGGUUAUGGUUCUUCAGAUGGUUAUGAUAUCAAAAAGGUGGGGAGUGAGUUUGACAUUGCACCUCUCCUUAACACGGCGUCUUACCUUUCCAGUUACAAACGCAGUAAAAAGAAAGACGAUAGCAUAGUUUUCAGUGUGUGAUGUGCUCUGGAUAGCUGUGAAGAAAUCUCAUAAAGCACUGGAAAGAGGAUCCUCUGCUUUUGGUUUUUUGAGCUUAUAUAGUACAUACUAGCUAGGUUAGGCAUGCAGUGCUCAAGUCUGUAACUUGUGUCAAAACAAAACCAUUGUAGCUUUUCAGACACAGGAUAACAACACUUUCUUGAAGGUUCAGUUUAAAUUGCAAGACUAGGUUAGCCGGGAGAGCUUCCAAUGAGGACCUUAUAAUGAGGACCAAGUGAGGACUUUCAAAUGAAUGGUUGGAUGAUAUGCACAUGGGAAUUAGAAAAUAUCAAUUAAAAGUCAAAACCUUGAUCCAACCGUUCAUUUGAAAAUCCUCAUUUUGUCCUCAUUGGAAGCUCUCCCUAGGUUAGCCAAGCU